AUGCAGGAUGUUGCGGGUAUAGAUGAAAAGUACAAGCAGACGAACAAGCUCCUUAUGGAUCUUCGUCUCGAGUUCGAGCAGCUCGAGGCGGCAGGAGAGAAUUCGUCCCUCUCGCUACAAGAAACGAUUCAGCUCAACCUCACGAGCCUCUCUCGAUUGCUAAACAGCCUGGAGAUGGAGUGUCUCCCUUCCCAAAACUCCAAACGCAAGGAGAUUUGGAGAAUCAGAUUGCUGAAGAGUACAAGGAUAUGA